CUGGGAUUACAGGCUUGAGCCACCGCGCCCGGCCUCACUUUUGAUUUCUUAAGAGUGGGAAAAGGACUACUUCAGUUAUUUUCUGGUUGAUGGUAUACAUUCUUUGAUAUCACCCUAAUGCUUUUUAAUUUCUAUAUAUUUUGGAUGCUGGAGCUUGCCUAACAUCUGUGUUUUUAUGCCUCCCCCUCUCGUGUAACUGUUGGCCACACCAAGACCAGAGAGAAGUGACCAGACCGAUUGGUAGCAGGGCUAGGACUGGAAUUCCCCAGCCUUUUGAUGUCCAGCAGGCUCUGUUUUCUGUAUUGCACUGCUUUUCCCUAUUUCGUCCCCUGUUAGGACAGUGGGUGUGAAGUGUAGCUGGGCGCUUUUGGGGGUGUGCUAGGAGUGUGGCAGAUGCCUCAAACUGGCAUUUUCCCCUGAUUCUGAAUUCUCGUGGCUCAGAGUCAGUCUCUAGGCUACUGACCGGGAAGAUACAGGAAGUUGUUUUGUAUGGCAAACUAUGCCAGGGCAUUUUUUUCACCCGGCAAUUUAUUUGUUUUGGACUGGAAUAAAUCUCUGAUAUUGGUUUCUUUGCCAGCAUUAUUAGGGAGUGGAGCCUGACUUGUUAACUUAGCCCGAUUCCUAGUGCUUAGAAUCUCAAUGAGUGUGUGUUGAACUGAACAGAAGUGUGAAAGCGUCUUGGACAGUGGUUUGCAAACCUAGCUGCGUCUGGGGGGCUGUGAAAAAAGCAUGCGUGCUUACUCCAGACCAGAAAUAGAAUCUGCAGGAAUGGAGCCUGGGCAGCUGUAGUGCUGUUAAAAUCCCCCAGGUGGUUCUGAUAUACCGUAAAGGCUGAGAUCCACUGAUCCACAGUGAAUUGGAGUCCUGGAUCGUAGACAUGCCUUAUGCUUUCACCAGCUUAGAAUGGCUCUUGUGCUUUAGAACUGUGAAAAAAAGUGUUAUGCAAACAAAUGUGGAAAUAGCCUAAAUGCCACAUCCUGUUACUACCUGCCAUGAAGUAUAUUUACCAGUUAUUCACUCUGUUGUGACCUCUACCCAUUCCACCUUUUCUUCAUGGAACAAUAAUUUGACAGUUGGUUCUGCAGAACCAGAGUAAGUGUAGUUUGAUUGGCGGGAAACGAUUUUGGGUAUGAAGUGCUCUUUAGGCAUUUAUUGAACUCUUGUUUGUACCACCGCUGUGCUGGACAGUUUAUAAAUAUUACUUCUUUAAGCAAGGCCUAUGGAGUCAGGCUGCCUGGGUUUUGCUAACUAGCUGUGUCAUUUGGGACAAGUUUUUAAGCUUAUAUAAACCUGACUUUCAUCUGUGAAAUGAGAUGACAAGGGGUCAUUAUCAUCUCACAGGAUUGUGCAAAUGUGUGUGUAAAGUGCUUAGUUUGGUGCCUAACACAUAGUAACUACUCAGUGAAGUUAUUAUUACACUGUCAUCAUCAUAUUUUAAUGUAAAUAUUAAGAGCUAAUAAAUUUGUAAAAGGUAGUAUACCCUUAGCCCUUGAACCAAAGACUACUUUAGUUUUAAGUGGUUGGGUUAAUUUAUCACUUAAGUAUUGGCCUCUUGAAUUUCAAUUGAACGUAGCCAGAGGAUUUCAUAAUUGGACCGUUGCCUCUGGAAGUUGGAACUUUGUUUGUUUGUUUGGUUUCACUUCCUACACUAAGCAUGUGGCUGUGCGCACCUUUGUGGUGACUUGUGGUACUGGGGAAUCAAAGCUUCAUUAGCUUCUUUGGAGGGGAUGAUCUUACGCUGUACGAAGCACUCAGACUUUGUUAACUGUGUACCAUCCAGACAAGACCAGGUGCUUCCCAUGGCAGCCUGUCCUUUUCUUAGCUCUCUCAUCAAUCUAGCCUGUUCCUUCUAUUCCUCUUUACACUAGAACUUUUCUUUGAACAAGGAAUGUUGUUUUGUCACUGCUAGGUCCCCAGCAAUUAGUAAUGCCUAGCACACACUAGGUGCCUCCUGAAUGUUAAUAGGUGAUAAUCUAGCAGAACACAAGAUAAAUCCGCAGGUUGAGAUUUAAGCUGUGUGGUAUGAACGCUGCAUUGAUAAACUUAUUAAAUCAAUUUUGUUAAUACAAGUUUAAAAUGUCUUGGUAACUGACUUAGUUCAUUAAUCAUUUACUGAGUGUCUUCUAGGCCAGACAUUGGGGACAGAGAAGUAAUAAUAUAUGAUCCCUGCCUCAUGCACAGGAAGUCUAGUGCGAUGUACAGACACGCGCCAACGGCUGCCAUGCAAUAUGACUCAGUAGAGGAAGCUGAGACCGAGCAGCCGCAGGAACGAGAAAUACCUCCACCUUGCCUGGGCCCGGGGCCACAGGAGACCCUGCAGAAGAUGAAGAAUGUUCUGGAACAAUAUAACAAAGACCUGCCCAGGCUGCCCCCAGCAUCCAGCAACGUGAGUUUGCAGGACCCUGAGGAGCUCUCCUUCUGCUUGGAAGCUGAGGACGACUUUGAGGACCCAGAGGCCCUGAGCUCACUGCUGCUGUUCCUGAACGCCCCCGGGUACAAGGCCAGUGACGUGGCGCUGCCAUGGCUGAGCAGCGUGUUCUGCAGCUUUAGCGACGAGGAGCUGACUGGGCACCUGGCACAGGCCCGAGGGGUGGCCAAGAAAGCUGGCCUCGUCACGGCCCUUGCCAGGCUCUGCUUCCUCCUGGGGCGGCUGUGCAGCAGGAGGCUCAAGCUGUCCCAGGCCUGGGUGUACUUUGAGGAAGCACCGGGGGCCCUGGAGGGCAGCUUUGGGGACCUGUUCCUGGUGGUGGCUGUGUACGCCAACCUGGCCAGUAUUUACUGGAAGCAGAAGAACCGAGAGAAGUGUACACAGGUGGUGCCCAAAGCUGUGGCCCUGCUCCUGGGGACGCCUGGCCACAUCUGCAGCACUGAGGUGGAGGGGGAGCUCCUGCAGCUGGUGCUACGGUGGGCGGUGGGUGGCCAUAGCCUGCAGGCCGAGGCCCGGGCCUGCUUCCUGCUGGCCAGGCACCACGUGCACCUCAAGCAGCCCGAGGAGGCCCUGCCCGUCCUAGAGCGGCUACUGCUUUUGCACAGGGACUCGGGAGCCCCAGAGGCUGCGUGGCUCUCAGACUGUCACCUACUCCUAGCUGACAUCUGCAGCUGCAAGUGCCUGCCCCACCUGGUGCUGAGCUGUGUCAAGGUGGCCUCAUUGAGGGCACAGGACUCGCUGGCCGGCUCGCUGAGGAGCGUGAACCUGGUGCUCCAGAACGUCCUUCAGCCCCACAGCCCCCACUACCUCAGGCGAGCGCUGGCCUCCCUAACCCCGGGCACAGGCCAGGCAAUGCGCGGACUUCUCCACGCCAGCCUGGCCCAGCUGUACAGCCACCGUGGCUACCACGGCCCGGCCAUCACCUUCAUGACUCAGGCGGUGGAAGCCAGUGCUGUUGCCGGAGUCCGUGCCAUCAUGGACCGCCUGGUGGCUGUGGCCUGGCUGCACGUGCUUCAGGGGCAGAGCCCAGCGGCCCUGAACAUCCUGCAGUCUGUCCAGGAUGCAGUGGUGGCCAGUGAGGACCAGGAGGGCGUGAAUGCCAACAUGGUGGCCGUGGCUCUGAAGAGAACGGGCCCGACGAGGCAGGCAGCCGAGAGCUACUACCGCGCCCUACGGGUGGCUUGGGACCUGGACCAGAGGAGGAACCAGGCAGUGGUGCUGGCCAACUUCGGGGCCCGGUGCCUGCACGCGGGUGCCAGCAGGCUGGCCCAGCACUACCUCCUGGAGGCCAUGAGGCUGUUCUCGAGGCUGCCCUGCAGGGAGUGUGGCCGGGACUUCACCCACCAGGGCCCGGCUCAGCAGGGCAAGGGCUACUACGAGUGGGCCCGUCUGGUCGCCGUGGAGAUGGGCCACGUGGAGAGUGGGUACCCCGGGUUGUCCUGUGCACCUUCCAGGGCCACUCGGGUCAGGGCACACCUGGAAUUUGUGAUUCAGAAACAAGUGGUUUUUCCACCAUCGAAAGUGCUGAGUCAUGGCCAACAGCAGAUGUUGGCAAGUGCCCUGGAGACAGGCCGUUCCCAUGCAGGGCCAGGCCCUCUGUGCCUACUGGGGCAGCGAGCUCUUCCUGGUUUGCCCAGGGACAAUCCUGCCUUGAGCACUGAAAGGCCUGCGUGCUGGGAAUCCCUAGACAUAACCCUGGGGUCGACGCAGGCUCUGCUGAGCUGGGACUUGGGGCCCCUCCAUGAGCCAGGCCUGGAACGCCGGUUCUUGUGCCCAUGUUAUCUGCUUGGUAUAGCGGCAGCCUGUGCACCUGUCAUCCCACUUCACAGAGAACAUGGGGCAGGUGAUUGCCCAAAGCCGCAGAGCAGUUCACGCAAAAGCUUGUUGUGCAGAGUGGGCCAGGCCCCACCCACAAAUGGGGCUUGUGGGGUCCUCAGGUGGCAGUGGCUGAAUGUAGGAAUGUGGCCCGGUGACAUUGCUGCAGUUACACCUCCUCGAGUGUCGGGAAGAGGGAAGGAGCCAGAUUCCAUGGCGACCUGGGAGACUGGCUCCAGUCUUGGCCUCAGGUUCACAGAAGGAAAACAGGCCAAAGAAAGAGAAGGAGGCGCAUGCCUGGCUGCAAGCAGAGAAGAUCUAUUACAUCCUGCGGCAGAGCGAGCUGGUGGACCUGUACAUCCAGGGGCACAGAAUGUGGCCCUGUACACAGGCGACCUCAACCUGGGGCUGGAGCUGUUUGAGGCAGCUGGAGACAUAUUCUUCAAUGGGGCCUGGGAGCGGGAGAAAGCCGUGUCCUUCUACCGGGACCGGGCGCUGCUCCUGGCAGUGACUACGGGGAACCAUAGUCGGAGCAAGGCGGAGCUGCGGCUGUACAAGCUGGUGGCACUGCUGGCCACGCUGGAGGAGCCCCAUGAGGGCUUGGAGUUUGCCCACAUGGCCCUAGCACUCAGCAUCACUCUGGGGGACCGGCUGAAUGAGUGCGUGGCCUACCACCGGCUGGCUGCCCUGCACCACCGGCUGGGCGACGGCGAGCUGGCGGAGCACUUCUACCUCAAGGCCCUGUCGCUCUGCAACUCGCCGCUGGAGUUCGACCAGGAGACCCUCUACUACCUGAAGGUGUACCUGGUGCUCGGCGACAUCAUCUUCUACGACCUGAAGGACCCGUUUGAUGCAGCCGGGUACUACCAACUGGCACUGGCAGCCACCGUGGACCUGGGCAACAAGAAGGCACAGCUGAAGAUCUACACGCGGCUGGCCACCAUCUCCCACAACUUUCUCCUGGACCGCGAGAAGUCGCUCUUCUUCUACCAGAAGGCCAGGACCUUCGCCACAGAGCUCAACGUCCGCAGGGUCCACCCGCCUCCUCUGCCACUCUGCGGGUGGGCCCCCUUAGGUUGGCCCCCAGCCACCCUCGCUGAGGACAGCAUCUGAGGGAGUGGGUUUUGUGCAAGGAGGGUGGUCUCCUGCCUCUCCUGGUGUCUCCCGUGGCUCAUUUUCUGGGAAAUGGAGGCAUGAAAGCAGGGGUCAAAUAGCAAUAAAGGUUUUUUUUUGUUUUUGUUUCUGCAA